UUUCGGACAUUUAAAAUUUUAAGUUAUAAUGUGUUUUAAAAAAUAUUAUUUAAAAUUCAGUAAGUAAAUUUAAUAGAAAAUCUUAUCUAGUUAUUUUUAACACAUAUUGAAAAUGGCUUUUUCGGAUUCAAUGUUAUUGUUUGAAUUGGCUAUAGAAGAUUUGAAAAGUUACGUUGAGUGUAAAGAUUUUUUAAUAAAAAGCCAAUUUGCUGAUGUUUUUUCACUUGAUUUAAAAAAUCCUAAGGAUCUAACUCCAGUUGUACAAAAUAAUUUGAAUAAGAAAAAGAUCAAAAGAAAAUCUAAAAUAAAACAUUUCUUACCUAUUGAUAAGAUAGCUUUACAACAUAAAGUACUAGCAGGACAAACAGUACUAUUAGUAAAUAAUAUUAAUGAACUUAUAUCAAACAUGGAGAAGUUUCCAAUUGAAUUAUCUUUUUGGAGUAAGGAAAAUCCCCAGUAUAAAAUAGGCACGACACAUAUUCCUUGGAAUUAUCAGUAUAUUGAUUAUAUUAAGAAAUUAUACAAAAACUAUAAACCAGGUUCUGUACUACUUCAUGGAUAUUAUAAUGUAUUUGAUGAAGUUACUUCAAAACGAAUAGCUACAAUUAAGCUCUCUAUCAAACUAAGUUACUUAAAGCAUGAAAAUACUACGCAAAGUAGAUCUCUCUCUAAAAAUAAUAAAGAUAAUUAUAACACAAAUUUUAACUAUAAACCUACAAUUCUAAGUGCAAUAAAAAGAAGUUGCAAGAAUACAGAAAAUUUCGAAACUGGUAUUAAAAUAAAUUCAUUAAAUAACAAUCAUGAAAAAAUAACCACGAGAAUAUUUAAAAUAAUUGAUUCAAAAGAGAAAACUAAACUUAAAGAGCCUGGUACAAAAAUUGUCAACGACGACAAUAUAUCUAUAAAUAGCUGUGAAUCGGCAAAUAAGAAGUGUAUUAAUACUAUUUGUACAAAUAUGAGUUUAGUGAAAAGUGAUACGGUCUUAGAUCAAUAUCAGCGUAAGGAAUUAAGAAAAUCUAAGUCUAGCUCUGAAGUAAAGUAUUUAAAUACACUGAAUUACAUCUUUGGAGAUAAUACGGGUCCUUAUGGUAAACAGGUUUACUGCGUAGGUUAUUUUACUGUAGAAAAAGAUCUUAAAUCCUCUAGUGCAUCAAUAAAAGGACAAAGUUCAGAGAAAUUAGAUGACCUUAAAGCGGGUUACAAAAUUAAGUUAUGCGACAGUGAUAAUCAGAGUAAGAAAGAAACAAGUUGCUCUUGCAGUCAUAGUUAUUGUUCUUUGGAUUUACCGAUAAAAGAUGCACAAUUUAUAAAAGUUACAAAGUGUCAAAAAAUUGACUGUGAUGGUAAGGUGAAUAAAGAAUCUAUUAAAGAUGAGCGUAUUCUAUUGGAUAUGUCUAGUAUGCAGAAAGAGUGUUGUGAUAUUACACAAGCCGUAGAAGAAGUGGUAGGAGGUAUGAAAGCAAAAAUGAAGUUUGGAGAGGAUCCUUGCUUUUGCACAUGCGAAUGUAGGUUUGGAUUUACAAAAAAGACAACAUACUGCAAGGUUUGCGGUGGUUAUGAAAAGACUGGAGACGAUACAGUUAAAAAACUUGGUCAAGAAUCUUUUCCAUGUCCCAUUUAUCAUAAAUUAGUGGAUAAAAAUAAAUUAAAGACUUGGAGUACCUCGGGUAGUGAUAGCAAAAAGAGAAAUGAAGACAGUCAGAAAAAUUUUAAAUCCCCUUCUAAAUCACCAACUGAAAAACGGCCGAUAAUUUCUGAAAAGAGCGCUGAAUCCGAAAAAGAUUCUAAAAAAGGGAAAAAGAAAAAGAAAGAUGAUCGUUUUAAGUUUAACUAUGGUUAUCAAGGUAUACCACCUCAAAUUGGACACGGUCAUUGUGCAAUGCCCUGUACAGGAACCCUUGGCAUAGUACCUAAGAAUAUGGGUUGGCUGUGGACUGCCGAAGAUGUCCCCGGAAUUAAGUUUCGACCUAUGUGGAAACCAGGCGCAACGAAUAAACAUGUAGUGAGAUUAUUACGAAUGGCUAAAAACCCUGAUGUACUUAUAUCAAAGAAGAGAAAGAAAGAGGCGCGAUUGAAAAAGCGAUCUUUGAAGCGACCUCUCUUAAUUGUACAUAAGAAGAAUGGAGAAUAUAUAGUUACUAUGGAGACAAUGAAAACCUAUACGAGACCGAGAACUUUCAAUCAAUAUCCUUAUGAAGAUAAACCUGUAUUAACUUAUACUGUAGGUAGAACUGACGAAGAAAAUAGAGAAAGACAGAAAAAGAAAGAACGAGAGCAGAGGCGACUUGAAAGAGCUCAACGGGAAUUUAUACAAAAUGCAUUUACAGACAUAUGCCAAGAGAUAUGUUUGAAAACGUACCAACAAGCGUUAGGUAUAUUAACUGAUGCAGAAAAUCCUGAAUGUCUAUGUCAUCCCGCUCAUACCGAUGGUGACAAAACAACGGUGGAUGUGUCAUGUUCAUGCUCGGAAGAAAAAUCUUCCACUGGUUCCGACACCGAUUCCGAUGAAUGGGUAGUUGAAUUUACACCACCUAAUGCUACAUUUGAUCCCACUUUUAAAAGUAAAAAGAUCAUAAAAACAGAUAAUACAAGCCAAUAUUCAUAUUUAGACUAUAGAGUAAAAUUAUUAGAUCGUUUCGGGAAUCCUGUGCCUAGAUAUUUUAAAGGACCAGAUGGUAAACAACAAUGUAGUGAUCUAGGAGGCUUUUGGAGUCCUGACCACAACUGGUUGGAAAUAAAUAUCGACGGCUACAUAGCGCCUGAUGGAAGAUGGGCACCUAAUGGCUUUAUAGGCCCUAAUGGAGAACAAGUAGAUGUCGAGACUGGAAAGUUCCAAACCAGUAACGGUAAGUGGUUAGUUGUCGGUAUUGAUGGUUAUAUUGACAGCCAGAGUAGAUGGCGUUUCUAUCAAAAGCCACGAGGUACGAUACCGCAAAAAAACCGAAGACAGAUUGGAGUUAAGGAACAAAAAGGCGGAGCCGGCGAUAAACAAUACGAUAAAUCUUACAAAGGUUCUGAAGCAACUUGGAGUUGUUUUAGUGACGCUUCCCCGAAACAACUGUCAAGGAUGGGAAUUAUUGGUCCUGGGCCAGACAAACGAUUAUUAUUAUCGAAAUUACAGGACAUGCUCGCACGUGGCGAAGAUGUGCGAAUUCCGGAGCCUCCUUUAGUACCUCAUUUUCAAUUGCCCGGAAAUGAUAAAACAAAACGAGUGGUUCCGUUGACAGGUUUUUCUCGUGGUUUCCAAAAUAAUAGAAUAAAAUGUAGACAUCCUGUACCCUCGGAGAAAGGCGUAGUAGCUGUGGAUGAUCACGGGAAUAAAACAUAUUUCAAACUAAAAGAGUACAAAAAUUUGAGUCCAAAGGAGAGGAUCGCUAAUUUAACAGACCAGGGUAUCAGCUUAAGUUCUUUUCACGUACCUUGUUUCCACUCUUUUAUCAACACUGAAUAUAUGAAGCAACAACAACGUGAAAGGCUGGUAGCAGCUGAUACAAGCAAAAUUGUUCAUACACAAACUGGCUAAUUUCAUUCACAUAUAUGUCCACAUUGAUAUUUAUGGUGUAGGCUUUUGUGUUGUUUUAUUAGAACUAAGAGCAAGAUUAAUUCGAUAUUAUACUAGGUAAAUUAUGUAACGUCUCUAAUUCU